UAUGCCCUUGUGCACUGCAGUCCUUUGCUGUAGCUGUGUGAAUUUUGGUUCCCAUGCCUGUGUUAGCACAUGAGGCUGGCUUCCUGUGGAUGUGAUAACAGUUUAUGUGUAUCGGCAGCAUGCAGCUUAGAUCCUCUGCUUGUGUUAGUAGUAUAAGGCUUGGGUCCUCUGCUUGUGUUAGCGGUAUAAGGCUUGGGUCCUCUGCUUGUGUUAGUAGUAUAAGGGUUAGUUCCAUUGCUUGUGUUAGCGGUAUAAGGCUUGGGUCCUCUGCUUGUGUUAGCGGUAUAAGGCUUUGUUCCUGUGCUUGUUUUAGCAGUAUAAGGCUUGAUUCCUCUGCUUGUGUUAGCGGUAUAAGGCUUGGGUCCUCUGCUUGUGUUAGCGGUAUAAGGCUUUGUUCCUGUGCUUGUUUUAGCGGUAUAAGGCUUGGUUCCUCUGCUUGUGUUAGUGGUAUAAGGCUUGGGUCCUCUGCUUGUGUUAGCGGUAUAAGGCUUGGAUCCUCUGCUUGUGUUAGCGGUAUAAGGCUUGGAUCCUCUGCUUGUGUUAGCGGUAUAAGGCUUGGAUCCUCUGCAUGCAUUGGCGGUAUAAGGGUUAGCUCCUGUGCUUGUGUUACCAGUAUAAGACUUGAUUCCUCUGCAUGUAUUAGUGCUAAAAGGCUUGAAUCCUCUGCUUGUGUUUGCAGUAUAAGGUGUAGCUCCAGUGUUUGUGUUAGCGGUAUAAGGCUUGGGUCCUCUGCAUGUGUUAGCGGUAUAAGGCUUGGGUCCUCUGCUUGUGUUAGCGGUAUAAGGCUUUGUUCCUGUGCUUGUUUUAGCGGUAUAAGGCUUGGGUCCUCUGCUUGUGUUAGGCUUGGACUGCAUCUGAGCUGUAUCUCUGUGCACAGGCAUUGCGGGGUGCGGCUGAUAAGACGUAGUGACGCUCUGCUGCUGAGAGGGCAGGGUGUUGUACCCCUCGCUCCACCAGCAGCUGACGCACUUGAGUUCCCCCAGAACCUCGAUACCAUCUGCUGUGGGGACUGAUAGCUGGUGAUUACACAGCAACUUGUCCCGCAAUUUGACUCUUUCUCUUUACCUCUGAAAACUUCCAGGAAACUUCUCUGAGUACUCUUGGCCCCAAAAAAACAAAGAGUCAUAUCUUAUUUCAGAGUUUGUUCUUGUUUAUAGGUGUGUUAGCGGAACAUGUUCAAAGGGUCAAAGCCACAUUCAGGAACUGCGGUGAAACUGUGUUUAUUACAACACCAGUACGACAAACUGAGACUAACAUGGAGAGGAACACGAUGGAUUCUGAGGAAAUAUAACAGAUAUUUUAUAUCUAACUUACAAACGCAUUCAUGAAAGGGAGGGGUAUACCAGUUUUACAAAGUGAUGUUACCCCUUUAACUGUGUGCUUUGUUGUCAUUCUCACCCCACGCUGACUAAACCUUCCGGGGUUUAUAUUCCCAAACUCCUGCCAAAUGGCUGAGUCCCUUCCUCAGAAAUAUACAGCCAUCACAUACAAUCUGUAACCCCCUUAACCACGUAAACACACAAAUAGUGAUGGCAUGCAUGUGUGAAAUGUUCUGUUUUGUGCAUGCUCACACAUGUGCG